AUGUCAUCCAAUACAACACUGAAGCAGCAGCAGGCACGCAAAAAGGAAAUGAACUUUGCCGAAAGCGUUCAUCAACUAGUGACGGAAGUUUCGGAACGAGAUCCAACAAUGAUGCAAUGGACUUCUGAUGGUGCUGCUUUCAUUGUGAAUCCUUCCCACCCAGAGCUUGGGGUGACGCUUGGCAAGUAUUUUCAACAUUCCAAGUAUUCUUCCUUUCAGCGUCAGCUGAACCAAUACGGAUGGACAAAACCACGCAGUGGAAGGUAUACUGGUACAUUCUUCAACCCAUUCUUUCGAAAGGAUACAGAGCUUGAAGAAGUUCGCAAGAUUGGUAGAGGUGGCUGCAAGAAGCACCUCCGAACUGUCGGAUCCUCAUCCGAAAACACCACUCCAUUCACUAGGAAAAAGUCACGCUAUAUGGCGUCGUCAUCGAGAAGUCAACUUGGUCUUUUGACUCCUUCCCCACAUCGCCGCCGCUCUCGGCUUCCACUUCAAAAGCGACCUGUGAACAUCCCAGGAGCCAAAGCAGUUUCUCCUCUGACCCCCAAGUCCAUCGAGAACCCAAGCGCAGAUGAUAUCACUGCUGUUCAAGUCCUUUUGGGUAUGGUCCAAAAGACAGCGGUACCAGAAGAAUUGCGGCCCUCAGAUUGCUCCAUUGCAUCUUCGUCCGAGAUCACCCAAAGCCGCCGUUCCAAGAGUAGUAGAAACUUUGCCUUGGCCGUCCAUGCCUUGGUGACCGAAACUCAUGCCAACAAUCCCAAAAUUAUUAAAUGGGUAGAAGGUGGAACUGCCUUUGAAGUUGAUGCAUCUCAUCCUAAACUUGGUGAUGCAUUGGGAAAAUACUUUCAGCACUCCAAGUAUUCUUCCUUUCAGCGUCAACUCAAUCAGUAUGGGUGGUGCAAACUUCGAAAUACUGGAAAAUUUUUCAACCAUCACUUCCAUCAAGACAAGGAAAAGUCAAACUUUGACUUGAUUCGGCGAAAGGACAAGGACAAAAAGGCUGACGCCAGUCUUGUGUCCAAGACAAGGGUUUCUAAGAGAGCCUCUGUUGCAUCGGGUCCAUCGGGAUCGGACUCGAAGCGUAUCCAAUACAUUUCUGUACCCUCGACCAAGCGAAGAAGGAUGUCCUCAAUCUCCGAGCCGAAUCUCCAGCCUGUUUCAGACGAGGACACGAUCAGCAGCUCGGAAGAAGGAUCCAUCCUUUCUCGUCCCAUGUCGUUUGUCGACUUGACCCGUCCACCAAGCAACGUCACGGCAUACUUGCCACAACAAUCAAAUUCACAUUUACAGCAUUAG